AUGGGGCUGUUAACCUCAGUCCUGGUGGCGGCGAGUGCGUCCGUACCCGUCGCUGGGUUGCAGGGGUUUGGCGAUCAAUCGACUGGAUAUUUCCCCUAUUGCGCCACGGCGUGUAACCGGGCUUUGGGAUCCAACUACCUCUCCUGUUCCUUUGAUGGCUACGUUCCUGGCGGCAUGAUGGAUAGUGACUCGGCCUCAGCAACCCCCGCGUGCCGGGGCAGCAACAUGCCAUUCCUCUCCUCCUUGGCGUACUGUAUCAGUACCCAUUGCAACUACGACAUGGGAAUUAUCGAGACUUGGUGGGCGGCCAAGAGCACCGGGUCUGGCGGUGCGUUUGAGCCGCCCAGAUGGUCUUACCAAGAGGCUCUGAUGAACGUCACCAUCGCACCGACCCACACCAUUACGGCCAAGGACAACCUUACGUCGACUAUGCUUGCCAACGAGACCAACUAUCGGAACCAAUACGGCACGCUCUUCAUGGUGGACCGCGAAGAGUUCUUACAUGAGAAAUAUGGACUUGUUCUCCUCAUGGUGGGAUUCGGCACCCCCCUGCUUGCCACGUGGCUAGGAUACCUGCCAUUCGUGAGCCCUCUCAUCUAUAAGCUCAAGCCCUACAUCAUCUGGCCCAGUACCAUCGGAUCGUGUCGGAUUCGGCAGCUCCCGUUCCUAGGCGGAACUGCUCUGACGAGAGGCCAAGCCCUGUAUGUGUUCGUUAUGGUUGUCCUCACCGUCGUAUUUAUGGCGGUGCAUUAUGAGUCGUACCAACCGAAUCUAUGGUACCCGGGCCUAAGCGUUGAGCUCAUGGCAUACGUUGUGUGGCGCACUGGCUGCUACUCUCUCGCCCUGCUACCCGUCGUUUUCCUUUUCUCUGCUAGGAACAACACACUGUUGUGGCUGACACACUGGUCACACGAGACGUACAUUCUUCUCCAUCGCUGGGUGGCCCGAAUCUUUGCGCUGCUCGUCAUCAUCCACUCGAUCUUGUCCAUCGUCUACUAUGUAAAAGACGGAAAUUACGAUGUCAACUUGGUCGAGGCAUGGUGGAUUUGGGGGUGCGUCGGGACUGUUGCUAUUAGUGCCAUGUUGAUCACGGCAACUUCGUGGAUGCGCCGUUUCUCAUACGAGUUCUUCCUGAUAUCGCAUAUAGUGCUGGCCGUCUUUGUUCUUGCGGGCACGUGGUAUCACCUCUUUUACCUCUACUUGAACAUGUCGGGCUAUGAGCAAUGGCUGUACGUCGCUUUUGGUGUCUGGGGCCUUGACCGCCUCUUCCGCGUCUUUCGUAUCCUGAAAAACGGUAUAAAGCGCGCGCGUAUUAUCAACAUCAGUGACGAUAUCGUCCGCAUCGACAUCGAUAACAUUCACUGGGGAUUCCAACCAGGGAAAGUUGUAUAUGCAUAUUUCCCGACGCUGCAGCCUCUCCGUCCGUGGGAGAAUCACCCCUUUUCUGUGCUCCCUACCGCCAUGCUGGAACGAUCCAACGCCGUCGCCCCGGCGCUUGACAAGGACUCCAGCUCUUCUCAUGGCUCCGGCUGCCAAGAUGACAUUGAGAAGACAGUUGUUAGCCAGCAAAAACCUGUGAAGCAGGUCGCAAGUGCAUCGGAGCACCAGCCUACAGCGGGCAUCACGCUCUAUAUCCGCAAGUCGACGGGCUUUACUAAGGCACUAGCCGCCGGUACUAGCAUUCUGACACUUCUCGACGGUCCUUAUCCCGGCAACCCGAUCGCUCCCAUCUCUCAAUGUGAUCGCGUAUUGCUUGUCUGCGGUGGAAUUGGCAUCACCGCGAUCCUGCCUUGGGUCGACAGCCACCCGAAUGUGAAGCUAGCAUGGAGUGUUAAAGAAUCCGCCUUGCCGCUCGUUGAUUCAGUAAGAAAAGUCCUCGACAGAGUCGUCGAAAAGGACGUAAGGAUUGGUCAUCGCCUGGAUAUCGAAGAUCUUCUUAUGGAGGAGUCACAAGCUGGGUGGAAACGCAUCGGAGUAGUGGUGUGUGGACCUGACGGAAUGUGUGAUGAUACGAGAGCGUUGGUCACCGAAGUGGCGAAGCGUGGAGAGGCUCAGUUUGAGCUGGAAGUGCAUGCUUAUAGCUGGUAG